AUGAUCCUUUCUGGGGAUUUCUACCAGCUCAAGCCUGUAGCAAACCUUAGGUACCAGGAUCCUGGUGACAUGAAUAAAAAGAACACAGAACUGUGGCUGGGGGUAGAUGCCCUGGGACUCAAUGUCUAUGACCAGAAUAACCGGCUAGAACCCAAAAUCACUUUUCCUUGGAGUGAAGUGAAAAACAUCUCCUUCAAGGAAAAAAAGUUUGUGAUAAAACCAGUAGGGAAGAAAGUUCCAGAUUUUAUAUUUUAUGCACCAAAAGUGAAAAUCAACAAACUUAUUCUAGAAUUAUGUGUUGGAAAUCAUGAGUUGUUCAUGCGCAGAAGAAAACCAGAUUCGAUGGAAAUCCAACAGAUGAAAGCUAAUGCUAGAGAUGAGAGACAGAGAAAGAGAUGUGAUAGAGCAAAACUAGCCAAAGAAAAACAGCUGAAAGAAGAGGCAUUACGAGAAAAGGCAGAGUUAGAGAGAAAAUUGUCACAGAUGCAGGAAGAAGUUAGAACUGCCCAGGAAAUGUUGAAACGCUCUGAAGAAACCACAGAACUGCUGGCUGAGAAGGCUAGGUUUGCUGAGGAAGAGGCUCAGCUUCUGACUCAAAAAGCAUCCGAUGCAGAGCGUGAAAUUCAAAGCAUCAAAAUCACAGCCAUCAAGACUGAAGAAGAGAGAAUAUUGAUGGAGUUUAGAGCUAGAGAAUAUGAGAUGAUUGCCACCAAGUUAUUGGAGGACUCAGAAAGGAGAGCUAAGGAAGCGGAUCAGUUGAAAGACGAACUAACUCAAGCGAGGAUGUCCGAAAAAUUGGCGAAAGAACGGCUGUUAGAAGUGGCACGUGUUUCCCCUACUUAUCCUACCAUGUUCCCUCUUGCGUCCUUGACCUCCGACCUCUCAGACUUUCACAUCGGUAAUUCACACCAGAUUUCCGUUGAUGGGGAGUUUUCUUGUGAACUAUUAGGGGAUGGAGACAUGGAUCAGUUGUCCCAAGAAAUAGAGAGAGAAAGAGUUGAGUACAUGGAGAAGUCGAAGCAUCUACAGGAGCAGCUAAAGGAGCUGAAGUCGGAGAUAGAGGUGCUCAAAGUGGAGGAGAAGGAGACAGAUCUGGACCGGCUACAUGAGAGCAGCAUACAGAGGGGGGACAGCAAGUACUCCACCCUCAGACAGGCUAAAUCAAGUUCUGCUCAAGCCAGAGUAGCCUUCUUUGAGGAACUGUGAAGAAAAUGUGAUAAAUAAAACUUGGGAUUCAGUAACCUGAGGCUUAAUCACUAACCAGUAUUACAGCCUAGAGAGCGGCUUAAGAUGUAAUGGUGCUGCAUUCUAUGACCAAUAUUUAUUAUUCCCAAACAGUGCUGGUCGUUUGAUGGAAUCAAAACUGUUGCUUAGAAAUCACUCCCACGUCUUGACAAACCAGCAUUUCAGUUUGAAAUGGAAUUAGGCUUUUCCGCCUGUAGUUUUAUUUGACACAAGUUGGUAUUUUAUAUGUUGUGUUCAUUUAAUUAUAUUCAUAUGCCAUACAAAAUCUUGUUUUAACCACACACGAGUUGAAUGUAAUAAGGAAACCAAUUUCACACUUACUGUACUAUGGCUUCAUGUGACUCUAUAGAGGUAACUCAUUGUUUCUGUGCUCUGAAUCAGCAUUGUGUGCUCUACUGCUUGAGCACAUUGUGUGCUCUACUGCUUGAGCACAAAUCAUGGGCUCUUGUUAUUUUAGCACAAAUUUUUGAUGUGCUAAGUAGAUACUUGAAUACAAAGAUUAGGUAACAUACAUGUAUGUAGUUACUUGAAUACAAAAUUUCAGUAACCUAUUUGCUCUGUAUCUGAGCAUGUAUUAAUCUGGCAUUGUCUUUCAUAUCCAAUAUUGAUCGACCCACCAUUUCAAGUCUUGUUCUUUUUGUCUUUUGAUAUUUUUUUCCCACUAAAGUAUUGUAACUGCACUCUUGCCAUACCUUAAAUGAGGAACUACUAAGUGGCACAAAUAAAUAAGGUUGGUGCUUAUGUGUACAUAUCUUUUUGAAUUCUGUAGUGCUAAGCAUAAUGAGAGUUGAAUAUAUCCCUUGGUGGGACACUAGACAACACUAGUAUCUGUUUACAGCUGAGCUAAAUUGUUAGAGGAAUGAAAUGACUGAGCGCCUUUUGUAUUAUGAUUAAGGAGGCUAAAUGGUCAACAAUUACCCAUUAGAUUUUAAAUAAGAAAUUUUUGGUCAUACACUCUCAUUUAAAAUAAGUAAAACUCCAAAUAUUUUAGCUCUGAAAUUUGAAUAUAUUUUUAUACAGAACUCUUCUUCUGAAGGAGAUUAAUUUGGUCCAAAAAUGGCCAUGUCCAUCCAGCCCUCUUGAAAUUGAACAACCGAUAAGAGAAUAAAAUCUGCAAGGUAUCUGCUUUGUAUAGAUUACUGGUCGAUGGUGCUCCCAAUUUGCAUAAAUGGAAAAGUAAUAAGUAAUACUGGGUUUAUAUACAGUAAAAAAUGAAUAGGAUGUCACAACAUUUUUGGGGGGAUUAGAUGGAUGAGCAUUGAAAGAUGCAUAUACAUUGUGAGAAAAUUUUGAGAUAGGGGUGCUAUAUACUUUGAAAUUGAUGUUGAGUAGCUUGGUUGUUCAUAGAAUUUGGGGUAAAUAUUUAUUGUGGUAUGCCAAAUUAUAUAAACUCAAUUGAUUUAUACAUGUCUUCAUUUAUCUGGAAGGUUGUUUAUGUAAGGGUAGUACAUAUAUUUUGUUGUUGGCAUUGUUUUUAUUGGUUUGGUACCCAUUUUCUUUUAGACAAUAGAGUCAUGUGAUUUUUUUUAUAAAAGUCAACCUUUAAUAUAGCAUCUCUUUUUAUUUCUACCCUUGAGUUUGUUUUCUAUGACCAACUUUGUUGACAAUUAUUUUCAGUGGCCCCAGUUUUAAUAUGGCUGUAAUGUUUCAUGCAUAAUAAGUUUCUAAGCUUGUUUUUAUUUUGGUAUAAUAUUUUAUCUUUAGAUUGUUAAAUUUAAAAAUAAUGUAAAGGGAGUUUAAGUAAAAUAUCUAAGUAGUAUUGAACCAUAUUCAGAUGCAUUAAGGAAAUCAUUAUUACAAUUUACCGAAACAUAAUCUAGAUUUCACAUCAAAGAUACAAAUAGACAUAAUGGAUUUUUUUUUCAACACCAUGCAUUGUUAAAAAGUAAAAAAAAAUUAUCAAUGAUAAUAGAAAUGCAUUUUUUUUUUAAAUUGAAGGUUUACUAUUCAUUAUGGCUGAUAUUUAAUGCAUCAUAUUAAUUGCUUUGCAAUUAGUUCAAGUACUUAAUGAGGAAUUUGGUCUUUUAGAGUUGUUGACCAACCUUGUAAAGUGCCUUAAUCAUUGUGUGUUUUUGCACGAGAAUGAGGAUGGAGUGUUUAUCAAAUGGUCUGUGUGAUAUCUUUAUAAGUAUUAUUAAUACGUGUAUUUAAUUUACACUCAUCUAUUUACCAUGACAACUGCCUGAUCAGCAGGUUCGAGGUAUAUCUGAAAAUUGAAUUAUCGUAAUCAUAUAUUGUUCACUUCUUUUUUCUCUGUUCUUUUGGUUUAAAACAAAAUGUAACUAUAUGCACUUUUGUAAGAGAUAUGUCAAGUAACUCUGCAACAAAAUGCUACUUAAGCAUGACUGUUUAAUUUGUGAAUACAAAUAUAUAAAUCUUGACAUGUUCUGUUAGAGUAUGAUUUUCUUUUUCUCAUUUUGGAGUGAAUUUAUUUUACAUUAAUAAUUUAGAGAGAGAGAAAGAGAGAGAGAGAGAGAGAGAGAGAGAGAGAGAGGGAGAGAGAGAGAGCAUAAUGAAUGAGUUUUAGUUGUACUGUUUCGAGAGAACAAAAUUAUGUGCAAUAACUUUAUCAAAUAAAACAUCUUCAAUUAU